CACAGAGUGACCGAAUGGGCGAUUCCGGAAUAAGUGGACGAACAACCCACCGGGAACAAGCGCUACGUCAAGGACGGCGGGGAGGCGUGGGGUGUUGGGGGGAGGGGCCUCUCUGGCCCUACCCAACCCCUGCUCUCGAUAGUCUUCCGGAAGAAAGGGUUCUGGGAGCUAGAGAGAUGUCGCGCGGCGCUGGGAGGUCGCGUCUCACGGUGACGCUCUGGCCCGACGCGGCCGGCCUCUCUGUGGCUCCUGGAGGACCCGGCCAGCCGCGUAUUGGAGGUGAGGAGGCGGAGCUGGCGGGGCCUGUCAGGACCUCGGGAAACCUCUGACCCCACGCUUCAGGCAUUUCCUUAUCAGACUCACCUCUCUUAUCUCCUGCGGCGCUUCCGAGGCGCAGCCGCUGCUCGGGAAGUCCUACCUGAGAUCUAACCCGAAAUCUUCUUGCUGCAGCCCAGUCUAGAGCAUCUCCUAUUUCCAAUUUUUAUAUUCGUCUUUUACCCCUGCCCCUUCUCUGACCCCUCCCCAGCCUCUACCACUUUGGGGCUGCUUUUCCUUGCCGGCUCUCUUCGAGUGGUCCAACAGACUCUGUGUGAGGGCUUUGCACGGUAUUGGAAUGUGAAGGAGGCGCACUGAAGCCCCAGGCUUGGGGUGUGGGGUGGAGAGGGAUUGGGUGAAAGCCUCCUGAAAGAAGGAGAUAAAGAUUCAGAGGGGAGGAGGAUUGGAGGCCCUGAGGGGGAGUGGACAGAGACACAGAGUGAGGGAAAUGGAGACUCAGGGGUUGACAGGGAGACCUAGAAAGUAAGGGAAGAUGGAGAUUCGGGGAGAAGCACAGACAUAGAUGGUGAGAUGGGGUCUUGUCUGCUGUAACCAAAUUCAAAUCCUGGCCAUGCUAAGUACUAACAACAGUGUGACCUUGGGCAAGUCACUUAACCUCUCUGUGCCUUACUUCUCUUAUCCGCAAAAAGGGGAUAAUAGACUUGGCACAUAGGGUAUUUUCCAGCUUUACAUAAGUUAAUAUAAAUCCUCAGAACAAUGCUUUGCAUGUAAGUGCUCAAUACAAAUUAGCCUCCACUCCUUGUUAGCCCUUCUUGGGUAGGACCAGAUGGACUGGCUGGAGCAGCUUGAAGCUGACCUGUCCCCUCUUUUUUCUUUCCUCAGGGAAGCCCUGCCCCUUUGGCCUCCCAGCACAUCCAGCCCAGCCUACAGUCUGCCCCUGAUGCUCCUACUUAUUCACCUGUCCUCCACAGAACCAAAGGCCAAGCCCGGACCGUGAGGCCUCACUCCUUGCCCAUACCACCCUCUCAUGGCCUGCCGCCCAGGACCAGGGUCUUGCUGAUGUGGUAACACAGCAAGGGCCAGCAGAUGAAUGGAAACCUUGAAGCAGAGGAGCAGCAGGACCAGAGGCCAGACCAGGAGCUGACCUGGAGCUGGGGCCACAGGCCUAGAAGCGCCCUGGACAGGGCCGAGGCCAUGGCCCCCCCACCACCACUGCCAUUGGCCGCAAGCACCCCGCUCCUGCAUGGCGAGUUCGGCUCCUACCCGGCCCGGGGCUCCCGCCUGGCCCUCACUCUCACCCCGCAGGCCCUGCACAUACAGCGGCUGCGCCCGAAGCCCGAAGCCCGCCCCCGGGGCGGCCUCGUCCCCCUGGCCGAGGUGUCAGGCUGUUGCACCCUGCGGAGCCGCAGCCCCACAGACCAGGCGGCCUACUUCUGCGUCUACACCUACCCGCAGGGCCGGCACGGGGGCCGCCUCGGGGGCCAGCGGAGAGCCGCCCGCACCUUUCGGGCCGACGGGGCAGCCACCUACGAGGAGAACCGCGCUGAGGCCCAGCGCUGGGCCAUUGCGCUCAUGUGUCUGCUCCGUGGACUGCCACUGCCGGGGGACAGGGAAAUCACCCCCGAGCUGCUGCCGAAGCCACCCCGAUUGCUCCUAUUGGUCAAUCCGUUUGGGGGGCGGGGUCUGGCCUGGCAGUGGUGUAAGAACCACGUGCUGCCCAUGAUUUCUGAAGCCGGGCUGUCCUUCAACCUCAUCCGGACUGAACGGCAGAACCACGCCCGGGAGCUGGUGCAGGGGCUGAACCUGAGUGAGUGGGAUGGCAUCGUCACAGUCUCGGGAGACGGGCUGUUGUUCGAGGUGCUGAACGGACUCCUAGACCGCCCUGACUGGGAAGAAGCUGUGAAGACACCCGUGGGCAUCCUCCCCUGUGGCUCGGGCAACGCCCUGGCUGGAGCUGUGAACCAGCAUGGGGGGUUUGAACCUGCCCUGGGUGUCGACCUGCUGCUCAACUGCUCGCUGUUGCUGUGCCGGGGGGGCAGCCGCCCAUUGGACCUGCUCUCGGUGACGCUGGCCUCAGGCUCCCGCUGUUUCUCCUUCCUGGCCGUUGCCUGGGGCUUCGUGUCAGACGUGGACAUCCAGAGCGAGCGCUUCAGGGCCCUGGGAAGCGCCCGCUUCACACUGGGCACGGUGCUGGGCCUUGCCACCCUGCACACCUACCGCGGACGCCUCUCCUACCUCCCCGCUGCUGUAGAGCCUGCCUCUCCCGCCCCUGCCCGAGGCCUACCCCGUGCCAAGUCAGAGCUGACCCUGGCCCCUGCCCCGGCCCCAGCGCCAGCACCGGCCCCACCUGUGGCGCACUCACCCCUGCAUCGCUCGGUGUCUGACCUGCCUCUGCCCCUGCCCCAGCCUGCCCUGACCUCGCCAGGCUCACCUGAGCCCCUGCCCAUCCUGUCCCUCAAUGGCGGGGGCCCAGAGUUGGCUGGGGACUGGGGUGGGGCUGGAGAUGCCCCACUGUCCCCAGACCCGCUGCUGCCCUCACCACCUAGCUCCCCUAAGGCUUUACUGUCACCCGUCACAGAGGGGGUCCCAGAAACGACAGCCUCCUCUGGUCUCGCACCUCCCACCCCUGAUGUCCCGGGAGCUGCCCCGGGAGCCACUUCUGCCAGGGGCCCACCUGACCACCUUCUCCCUCCUCUGGGCACCCCACUGCCCCCGGGCUGGGUGACACUGGAGGGCGACUUUGUACUCAUGUUGGCCAUCUCACCCAGCCACCUGGGGGCUGACCUGGUGGCAGCCCCCCAUGCGCGCUUUGACGACGGCCUGGUGCACCUGUGCUGGGUGCGUGCUGGCAUCUCGCGUGCGGCGCUACUGCGCCUUUUUCUGGCCAUGGAGCGGGGCAGCCACUUCAGCCUGGGCUGUCCGCAGCUGGGCUAUGCCGCGGCCCGUGCCUUCCGCCUCGAGCCUCUCACGCCUCGCGGCGUGCUCACUGUGGACGGAGAGCAGGUGGAGUAUGGGCCGCUGCAGGCGCAGGUGCACCCAGGCCUCGGGACACUGCUCACUGGGCCUCCCGGCCGCCGCCGCAGUCGGGAGCCCUGAACCUAACGAAGCUUGCAGCCCGCCAGGGGCGGGGCCGACAUUCCGAGGAGGCGGGGCCUGGCCUAGGGGCGUGGCCUAGCUGCUAGCGGCAGGGCGAAGGGCGCAGGCCCCAUAGGCAGGAAUCCCUGCCCCGUCUCAGGAUUGCGCGCCCCCGGGGGACCAGAGGUAAUGUUGGACGGAGUGUGGCCCUAACUCCAGGGGGUCGGUGUCAUCCCGGUCACCGACUAACCGGCAGGCCCCGAGGGUAGUGCCUGACCAAUGAGGGCGGGGCGCGGUCCAGACCCUCGCUUCCGGCUCGUGGGAGGCCAGGUCCGCUGAGGGCGGAGACUGUCUUACGCGUUGUCCAAUGACGGGACCUGGCACGUACGGGCUGGGGAGGCCUUAGUUAAUUGGCCAGUCAAGGCCCGGGUCUCGGUGCCUCCACUUAACUGGCCAAUCAGCCCAGGAGGGGCAGGUUCCCCGGGGCGGACGCUCGGAUUUGCACUAAUGUUCCUCCCAGCGCACCCCUCCCCCGCCGGUGGGGGCGGGGAAACUCCUUUCUUCAGUCUUCUGUCUCUUGUGCGUCCCCCGACCCUCAUCUUCAAAGCAAUUGAAAAGGUCUAUGCAAUAAAGGCAGUCGCUUCAUUCCUCUCA